CUCUCGAAUCUGAGAAUUUUGAAACGAAUCAUUCUGUCUGCGAUACGGUGCCGUUUCUCUUUCCAUUUGUCAACGGCGUCGUUUCUAUCUUCUGACUGGGUGCACAUGUGGGAUCCUUGGGUUGCACUUUGAAUUGCUGACUUGGAAUGCUGUGAUUGGUCGAUGAACUGAGAAAAAUAUCUCUCUGAGUUCCAGGAAUAUCUAAAUCUAAUGUUAAGCCCAGCUGCUACAUUUGGGCACUAAAGAAAAAACCAGAGGCAGUGGACUGAAAAAUAUGUCACUCUCCACGGCUCCAGCUUAUCCAUUUUCUGUGACCAAAGCUUCCCAUAUUCAUGGUUGCUUCAAUCCAAACACCAGUGUUAGUUUCAUGUCUUUGAUUUUGAGAUGGAGGCAGAGAUGCCCUGUGAUAAGAUGCCGUACCACAAGGGCAGGAAGUGUAAGAACAGACAAGAAUUACUAUGAGUUGCUGGGAGUUUCUGUUGAUUCAGAUGCCAGAGAAAUCAAAGAGGCUUAUAGGAAGUUGCAGAAGAAGUAUCACCCUGAUAUUGCUGGCCAAAAGGGCCAUGAGUAUACUCUAUUGCUGAAUGAGGCUUAUAAGAUCCUUAUGCGAGAGGAUCUCAGGAAGGAGUAUGAUGUUUCCAUCGGUCAAUUGAGAAUGCGGUCUGGAAGAAACAACAAUGUCAUGGGUUUCAGCUCCUGGAAAGGGCCAUUCAGACCCCAAGCAUUAUUUGUCGAUGAGAAUGCUUGCAUAGGUUGCAGAGAAUGUGUGCAUCAUGCAAGUAACACGUUUGUGAUGGAUGAAGCCCUUGGAUGCGCACGAGUCAAAGUUCAAUUCGGAGACAAUGACCAAAAUAUUCAGGUUUCGGUUGAUUCAUGCCCUGUGAACUGCAUUCAUUGGGUUGACAAAGAGGAGUUGGCAGUGCUCGAGUUCUUGAUUCAACCUAAACUUAAGGAAGGAUAUGGUGUAUUUGGACAAGGUUGGGAAAGGCCUAGUAAUGUUUUUGCAGCAGCAAAGUCAUUCAACAAGCAGCUGAAACGACAGACUCGUAAUUUCCGAAGUAAUGUACAAGCAACUGUUGAAGAAGAGACCCCUGCUCAAGCCGAGGCUCGAGUCACUGCUACCAUGAAAAUCAAGAUGGAGAAAUUCUCAACUAUUUGGAACUUGGUGAAAAAAUUUGGUUCAGAAAUGUGGAAUAGGAUGUGA